GAGGGGGGUUCGGCGCACAUCAUUGUGCCUGCAGCAAAGGCAGUUGGGCAUUUCACCAAAACUUUCAAAGAAAAGGUCGGGGAGAUGCGGCAGGAAUACGGCUUCCCUUUUAUACCGCUACGCAAACUUUGCUUCUUGCAAGCAAUGGAAGAGUCAUCAGGGGCCCCAGCCCAGGUCUGACGACAGCUUGAGUCUCGAGCACUCGAGCAGCUGUGACUCCUGUCCCCAUCCUUAUCUCAAUGGCAUCAACUGGUUCCGAAAACACACGUCUUGUACUCGGCCUCAAAGUAUACUUGUGAUCCCGGAACACUGCCCGUCGCUCUGUAAGCUCUCUUGGGGAUACAUUGAGCUGAUGUACUUCAUUCUUCAUUUUCCUCUUUCACACACCCCUCCCAUAAUUCGUGACCGCAAGAAGCCAGGCAGAGAUGCAAUCAAAGUCGGAAAACCCUUGCAGGUCCACCCACGUGUCAGGCACCCAAUCAUCUGGGUUGUUCUGAGCUGUACAGGCACAGGGCGGCAUUCGUAUCUUUUUGCACGGCUCCUAACCAUGACGCCAAGUGGGGCGUGGGGGCUUGCGCCAACAAGCCUCAUCCAGUCGUAGAACCUCAUGCUAUC